AUGCGAUGGCCUCUGUCGGGCGACGACGAUGAUAAGAAGAAAUCCAGUUUCGCGGCCUCGGUCGAAAGAUUGAAGUCGACUGACUGGUCUUCUACGUUCACAGAUCCUCGCACGCUCGGUCCGUCUCUGGUGUUGACGGUCUCCGUUGUUGCGAUUCUCCGCCUAUACAAAUCAUACCUUCGACGCAUUCCGAGCGUCAGUCACAUCAAACCGAACUACUUCCGCCGACGAAGCUUGUUCGGUCAGGUCACAAGUGUUGGAGAUGCCGACAACUUCAGACUGUUCCACACACCUGGAGGGAGGAUAGCUGGGUGGGGCUGGCUGCCGUGGAAGAAAGUGCCAACUACGAGAGAAGGGCUGGCGAACAAAACGAUACACAUACGAAUUGCUGGCGUCGACGCUCCUGAACUAGCACACUGGGGACGAGAAGCGCAGCCCUAUUCGCAAGAAGCGCUCGACUGGCUCACGAAGUAUAUCCUGAAUCGGCGGGUGCGGGCGUACAUCUACAGGCGUGACCAGUACGACAGAGUGGUGGCCCAGGUUUAUGUGCGGAAUGGGUUAUUCAGGAGAGACGUGGGAUUGGAGAUGCUGAGAAAUGGUCUUGCAAGUGUCUAUGAGGCAAAAACUGGGUCUGAAUUCGGCAACUUCGAACAACGGUACCGCGAGGCUGAGGAGAGAGCCAAAGAGAAGAAGAUUGGCAUGUGGACGAACCCGGGCAUACUAAGACGAUUGCUCGGGGAAUCCGCAAAGAAGCCGGAGAGCCCACGGGAGUAUAAGACACGACAUGCAGCAGCAGAGAAACAAAAGAAGACUACAUGA